AUGCCAAGUUAUGCAAAAUUCAUGAAGGACAUCUUGGCAAAGAAGAGGAAGCUGGAGGAAUAUGAGACAGUAGCUCUAACCCAAGAAAGUAGUCAAUACUACCUCAACAAGUUACCGCCAAAGCUAAAAAAUCCAGGGAGUUUCACUAUUCCUUGUACUAUUGGUAACCAAUAUGUAGGUAAUGCAUUACUAGAUUUAGGCUCAAGUAUUAACCUUAUUCCUAAGAGAAUUUUCAGGAAGCUUGGAAUAGGAGAGGCACGUCCAACCACUGUUACGUUGUUGAUGGCUGAUAGAUCAAUAACUUAUCCAGAAGGAAAAAUUGAAGAUGUGUUGGUAAGAGUGGAUAAGUUCAUUUUUUUCGCUGACUUUAUUGUUCUUGACUUUGAAGCAGAUAGGGAAGUACCCAUCAUUUUGGGAAGAGCAUUCUUAGCCACUGGACGAGGAGUGAUUGAUGUUGAGAAAAGAGACUUAACCAUGCGAGUCAAUGAUGAGCAAGUUACAUUCAAUGUACUCAAAGUAUGA